UUUCUGCUUUCAUUUAUCCCUGUAAAUUGCGUUUCUUGGUGAUCACAGUCAUAUGAAGCUCUCUUAACUGGCCUACAAAGACUACACACUCUUGUAAAACUGUUCCUUGAACCGCACUAUGGUUCAAAUGGCCCACCCUACGUGACGCAACAACAACAACACAUUUUGCCAUUCUAAUAACACUGGAGCCAGAGCCUUCUAGGACACAACCAUGACCUCACUGAACAGUUACUUAUUUACUGGUCUUGUAUUGGCCACAGUUGUUGCUGUGGUAACCAGUGUACAGAAAUCAGUGGGAGACAACUCUGAUAGUUGUCCUUCUGGUCAGAAACACAGACCUGGACCAGUGCCUUCUGUGUCUCUGUGCUGUAAGACCUGGAACUACUCGUGUCCACUCAAUUACUCCUAUAGCUUCUGUACGGAACAAGGUGGAUGGGACAAAUGUAGGAAAUGUCCAGAAGGAUUUGUCCAGCCAUUCCCCACGAACAGUGAUAGCCCCAUGAAGUGUUACAAAGACAGGGGUGGCUGCUCUGAGGAAAAAAUUGCUUUGAACACAACAGCAAUGAAGUGUGUGUGUAAUCUGGCUAACAACUACUACCCGAUUGCUCUGUCUGGUUGUGAUUUUAAAAUUUGUCCGACGGGGGAGCAUUUGCUGAUAAAUGGUACCUGUACAACAUGUCCCUUAGGCUCGUACAAAAACUGGUCAGGAAGUGGACAGUGUCUGCCAUGGACAAAUUGUGAAGAGCUGGGUCAGUUUGUGUUCCGUAUAGGCUCUAAUGUAGAGGAUGUCAUCUGUGGUUUAAAACCUGAGCCCCACCCAGCAGGCUCAACCAACACAACCCGACCACCUAACCCCACCAACGACACAGGAGCUGACAUCAAAGUUCAACGUGGAGAUGGGAACAAGUUUGGAAUCAUUGGCGGCUUUGUUGUGAGUGGCUGUAUCCUAUUGAUGAUGAUGAUAUUGGCCUUUAUGCUCCGGAAGAGAGCUUGUCCUCCAAAGGCAAGUAACGACCAGUUAUAUUUGGAGAUGAACCUCAGAGGACGAACAGGGCGCCACCAGUAUGAACAGGUCCAGUCUUCAGACGAUGACCUUGAUAACUCACCCACCUCUCCCAAAAUUUUCCAGAUUUCUUCCCACUCUUCAAAGGGUGGUCGCCAGUUCACAUAUCCGUCGGGGGCCGGUAAUGGAGGCUAUGGGAACCUAGUGAUUUCCAGUGACCAGGAGAACUUAGCGGACGAGCUGACUGGCCUGACGGUCAAUCUGCCAGACUCUCCCCAGAACAAACCACAAAGGCCAACGGGGGUCGUCAGCCCUCAGCCCAGGGAGGAAGAUGAUGAAGGUGGAUUACGAACCAGUGGUGGAUCUAUUCCCUUUGAUAGUUUCUUGAGGCUUACCCCACUGGACUCUGACGGCCACCACUUUGUGGACCAAGGGUUGCCUCCCUUAGACUUGAACGAGUCACAACAGCAACAGCUGAGACAAGGCUCUGUAGAUCCAAGGUCUUUAACCCAAGUUAAAACGCUUGAAAAUUCCAGGUGAAACCAGACUGAUUUAUUCGAUGAGCUAAGUACAUAUAAUUAUAUUGAAUGUUGGGUGGAUUUUUACUUUUUUGUAUUUUUAUUCUGUUCUUCAGUGUGCAUAAAAAGAGCUGAUGUGCUAUUUCACUAGUCAAUUGUUAUCUUUUCACUGUUGAAAGAUUUAUUUCUUGUUAACUCUACAGAAUGAAAAUCAAAACUAGUCAAUCUCCUUCUACUGCAUUUUUUUUCAUAUAAAAUGGGAAGGAUUCUGGAUUUCUGUUUCCUCACUGUUGUGAGAUUUCUUUCUUGUAAAUGACAGGGUUACAUGCAAGUCAUAUUCAAAGUAGUGUAAUGAGCUAGGAGCCUCUCACCACUGAAGUUGCUGGCUUCCUCUCCGGCUGUACGUGGGAAGGUCUACCAGCAACCUGCGGAUGGUCGUGGGUCUCCACCGGGCUCUGCCCGAUUUCCUCCCACAAUUAUGCUGGCCACCAUCGUAUAAGUGAAAUAUUCUUGAG